AUGGAUGGACUGCUGCUACCGCAUAACGACACCCUGGUAAUCUCUCUAAAUGUCUUAGAUUUUAGAAUUAAACGUGUUCUGGUGGAUCCAGGAAGUUCGGCCAAUAUUAUACAAUGGAGGGUGUUGGAGCAAGUCAAGCUCACCAAAAGCAUCAUUCCGACCACAAAGCUCCUCGCCGGGUUCAAUCUAGCAAGAGUGAUAACCAUAGGAGAGAGCCUGCUGCCCACGAAUGCUGAAGGGGUGAUGGAGACGACCCUUUUCGAGGUGGUGGAUGGUGAUAUGGGUUACAACAUCAUCCUAGGGAGACCAUGGUUGCAAGAAAUAAAGGCUGUGCCAUCAACGUAUCAUCAACUGCUGAAAUUCCCAACUUUCGAGAGACUUAAACAAAUAAGAGGUGACCAAACGGCAGCAAGGAAGAUGAAUGCAAUCUCAAUCUCCGGUAGCAAAGGGAAGGAGCCUGCAACAUAG